AGCGUGACGUCACCGUCUCGCGAGAUUAGACCUGUGACGCCAGGAUUCGAUUUCCGGAAGAGUUGGACAGGUAUACUUUGAUUGCACUGCGGGACUUUUAAACGACGGCCCGGGACUGGAGUGGCGUUUUGAAAUAGGGUUGAGUCUAUUGGUGCUAUGUAUUCACUGGUAUAUCUGGAUCAAGUGUGAAAUGUGUAGUUCAUACAUGUCAUCACUCUAAAUAAAGUCUACCAAUGUAGAAUGACAUGUGCAGGAGGCCAGUUGGUAAAAUGGUGCAAAUAAGAAACAAAUAUCGAAUAAUUUGCCAUUCUGGAUAAGAAACUGAAUUUUAUCUUCAAGUUCCAGCCAAAAUCUGUUUACAUGUGCAGGUCACUUCGAUAUUGUGUUAGUCACUGUCUUUAUACAGCAAUGACAAGGCUAGAAGAAGCUAAUAGGGAGGUCAACAUGUAUUCUUCAGUAAGAUAUUUGGGCUAUUUGGCUCGAAUUAGCUUGCUAGUUGCCAUAUGUAUGGGCCUGUAUGUCAGAUGGGAGAAGACAGCAGAUUCAUUGAUACUAGUAAUAUUUAUUUUGGGUCUAUUCAUCCUUGGAAUUGCAAGCAUUCUAUACUAUUAUUUUUCAAUGGAAUCAGCCAGUUUGAGUCUUUCCAAUCUGUGGUUUGGAUUUCUACUUGGACUUCUCUGCUUUAUCGACAGUUCAAAGUUUCAGCAUGAUGUAAAAGAAGAAGCUACAAAAUACUUGCUUGUUUCCUCCAUAAUCAUCAAAACUCUGUGUGCUUUGGUGGAGAGAAUUUGUGGUUGUGUUCGACACCGGCCAACUCUCUUGACAUCUUCUGAGUUUUUAGAACUGGUUGGUUUUGCAAUUGCCAGUACCAUUAUGCUGGUACAAAAGUCUCUUAGCAUUAUCCUGCUAGUUGCAGCAUUGGCUAUGAUCAUAAUUGACCUGCGCAUGAAAUCCUUUCUGUCUAUUGCAAUACUAGUUGUUUUUGCAUCAAUUACUCCAGAGUUAUUUUUCAGAUCUUUGGAUAUUCAUGUAAACCCAUAUGCCCUGUCUUGCUUUUUCUUCUGUAUUAUAAGCAACCCGUUUCUUGACGUAUAUUUCAGUGGACUGUCUGUUACAGAAAGAUGGAAACCAUACUUGUACCGUGGAAAAUUUUGUAGAAGGUUUUCUGUUAUUUCCAUUGGAUUGGUUGAACUUGUGUUUUUUGUGUUUGCGGCUUUAAAACUGGGCGACUUAAAACUUUGGUAUUUUGUCAUUCCUGGAUUCUCCAUCUUUGGGAUAUUUUGGCUGAUCUGUCACAUAAUAUUUUUGAUUACCCUUUGGGGAUUCAAUACCAAACUCAACGAGUGUCAUAAAGUAUAUUAUACUCACAGACCAGAUAACAACAGCCUAGACAGAGUGAUGGCUUCCAAAGGAAUGCGCCAUUUCUGCCUUAUUUCAGAACGCUUGGUUUUUUUCAGUCUUCUUGCAACGAUCAUCUUAGGGGCUGUUUCCUGGCAGUCAUCGAAUGGACUCUUCAUUAGUAUGUUUCUGAUUGUUUUACCACUGGAAUCCAUGGCACAUGGUCUUUUUCAUGAACUUGGCAGCUGCUUGGGUGGAACAAGCGUUGGCUAUGCAGUUGUGAUUCCAACAAAUUUCUGCAGCCCUAAUGGUCAGCCCAUGCUUCUUCCCCCGGAACAUGUGCAAGAAUUAAAUUUACGGUCAACAGGAAUGUUAAAUUCUAUCCAGAGAUUUUUUGCCUCUCAUAUGAUUGAAACAUAUGGAUGUGACUACUCUACAAGUGGGCUUAAUUUGGAUACACUACAUGCAAAGCUAAAGUCAUUUCUUGACUUGAGAACAUCUGAUGGACCUAGACAUGAUACAUACAUAAUAUACUACAGUGGACAUUCACACAGCACUGGAGAGUGGGCAUUAGCUGGUGGUGAAACGUUACGCUUUGAUACUCUUUUGGAAUGGUGGAGAGAGAAGAAUGGUUCUUUUUGUUCACGACUUAUAAUUGUUUUGGACACAGAAAGUUCCCAGCCUUGGGUUAAGGAAGUCCGCAGAGUGAGAGAUCAGUAUGUUGCUGUGCAAGGAGCAGAGAUGGCAAGGGUUGUAGAUAUUGAAGAAGCAGAUCCUCCUCAGCUAGGGGAUUUUACUAAAGAAUGGGUGGAGUACAACUGCAAUCCUGACCACAAUAUAAAUUGGUCUGAAAAGGGCCGUACUAUAAAGGCAGUUUAUGGAGUAUCAAAGCCCUGGAGUGACUAUACUUUACAUUUACCAACUGGCAACGAUGUUACUAAACAUUGGAUGACCUAUUUCCCACGCAUUACAUACCCACUUGUUCAUUUAGCUAAUUGGUGUGGGGCUCUUAACAUGUUUUGGCUUUGUAAAAUUUGCUACAAGUGUUUAAAAAGGUUAAAAAUGAAUUGGUUCCUUCCAGCUGUACUUGAUACUGGACAAGGCUUUAAACUGGUCAAAUCUUAAGUUCUUUUAAGUUCUUCUAAAGGAAAACAUUUGUUAUUUCUUUCACACAGGGUGAAAAAUUAGGCGACAUUGCCACUCAACUUGUUAUAAUAAAAUGGUCGUAAUGUUGAACUGUGUUACUGACAGCAUUUGCAUGUGUAUGGGUGUAUGAGCAUAUACCUGUUUGUGUGUCUUUAUAAGAUGUGUGUCUAUAAGCAUAUGUUCAUUAGAUGGACAAUUUGACAGUAAAACUGCUGCUGUGUUUGACCAUAAGAUGGACUUUCUUCCAUAAUUUGCAACAGGCAGUGCUUCAGAAAUUAUGCAGCCAUCCAAAAGAACAUUGGAUAUAACAUGGCACAAAAUGAGUGCAGUAUUUCAUGCUCCAUCUAUGUAACAUUGUGUGCAUAUAUAAAAUAGGACAUAUGGUGGCAUGUUUAUUGAAAUUCAAACUAGGGAAAUCUGAAUCCUAUUAACGCUAAAAUGUUCCAGACUGUCAGAAAAGUGUUUGACUCAAGUGACAGAUUUAUUAUAGCAGAUCCAUGAGUCAGUUGGUCUGAAUGGGAUCGGCUGCUUUAAACAGGUGUUCUAGCUCAACGGCAACUUAAAGCCCAGGAAAAUAAUUAUCCGUGCUAGGAAAACUUUUCUUUUGUUUACUUAAUAGAUCCUCCCCAUUGUUUUAAAUGUAAGUGCACACAUGUAAAAUGUAAUAACAGGUAUUGGACCUGUUGUCCAGAAUACUCUAAAGCUUGGGUUUUCCAGAUAAGGGAUAUUUUUGUAAUUUGGAUCUCCAUACCUUAAAGGAGAAGAAAACCCUGUAGGAAAAAAACCCGUAGCCCCAUGCCCCAUACUUUAUACUUACCCCUCAUCGCAGAUUCUGGCAGCGGACUUCACGGCAUCCAACUUCCAGGUCCUCGGUAAGCUGACUGGGAGAUCAGUAUGUUGGCGCAUGCGCAGUUGGAGCAAUUUGCCGAUCUGAGACAACAGCGCAUGCGCUGAAAUUGAUGGAGAUUGCCGAUCUCCCAGUCGGCUUACCGAGGACCCGGAAGAUGGAUGCUGUGAAGUCCGCUGCCAGAAUCUGUGACGAGGGGUAAGUAUAACGUUUGGGGCAUUUCCCCGGUAGGGGUUCAGUUAGCCUGGGGAAGGGGGUUCUACGUGGGUUGGGGGGUCCUCGUGUUUUUUUUGUUUGUUUGUUUGUUUUUUUACAGGGUUUCCUUCACCUGUAAGAUAUUUAAACUUUAAUUAAACCCAACAGGAUUGUUUGGCCUUUAAAAUGGGUUAAUUAUAUCUUGGUUGGCAUCAAGUCCAAAACAUUUGAACUAUUUGCUUAAAAUGGAGUCUAUAGGAGACUGCCAUUCCAUAAUUUUGAAGAAAACGGGUUUCUGGAUAAAGUAUCCCAUACCUGUACUGUUAUUUGUCCAUAUUUUUGCUUUGGCUGCCAUCACUUGUAGCCAGACAUCAUUGGUGGCCUUUUUUAUUGUGGAAGUGUAAAAAUCUGCCAUACUAGUAAUACAUUAGAACAGUGCUGUCCACCAUAUUACACACAGUGGGCCAAUUGUAUGGAGGGCCAGACUGAAUUAAAAUGUUGAUGUCUGUCAUACGGUGAAGUAUAUGGAGCCUGUGAGCAGACUGAGGGCCAUAAAAAUCCUUUGGAGGGCCCACUGUUGGACAGCCCUGCACUAGAUUAUCCUUGUUUUCUUAACAGUAGUACAACAGAACAUAUAGGCAAGAGCUGAACCAUUCUUAAUUGAAGUACAUAAUAAAACAAUUCUCCAUUCUUGUUUUAUAUUUGGAUAUAUUUAUUUAGAAUAUUCACAGCCCAAUUAAUAUUACAGUUCCCCAUUAAUACAGGUGUUAGGUCCAUUAUUAAAAGUAGUUAUAACCUGCUUUUUUCCCCACAUAGUUUUUUUCUGUAAGAAAUUGUUGGUUUAAGUAGGAGACUUUUGGAAAUAGCAUUGCCAUUUUUGAAGCCUAAAUAAAGGGUUUGUAGAAAAUAUCCAUACCACAGUACAUUACCUUCAGUACAUUUUUGUGUAUUUUUAACAUUUACUAAAAUUAUAGUAUUUGGCAAAAAUGUAUGUUGAAUUCAGUUAGCAAGCAAUUUUAAUCGCAUGGCUUUCUUGCCGCCUGAACAAACGUUUGCAAAUGUGUUACGUGCUGCAUAUUACAGAUAUUAUUAUUUUGGAUUCUUCCCUAUAGAUAAAGCAACCAAUACCAAGGAUAACAACAGACAGAACUCAGGGAUGAACAUGCCAUUUGACAUCUUUAAACAAUGUUUUAUGCCUUGUUUACCAUCGAAUCUAUGCAAUGUAUUUAACACUUUCAGGGCAGAGUGCUCACAAAUGAUUCUUGUUUAUAUGUAUCUGUAUGUUUCAGACAGUUUUACGCAAUGUUCUGUCGCACAAUGUUGAUUGCUUCUUUUGUCUUCGUGUUUUUUAAUAUGUUCAAAGAAAGAUUAGUUAAACAAAUAUAUUUGAUAUCUUAAAGCUUUAUUUGUGUAACUGUAAAUAAAACGUAAUUCAGUUGAAAUGAAUUUGCUUCUUUAGGAAUUUAUCAGUAUACACUUUGUAUCCAGCAUUCAUAAAUUAUUUUUUUUAAAAAUGGCAGUUCUAGAUACUUUUUCAUUUUUUUGAAAAAUUAUAAAACCAACGUACACUGCCCCUUAGUGAAAGUCAAACACAGAAAGUGGUAAUUAUUUUCACUGGUCCUAUUUAUUCCAAUAAAUUGCAAUUUUAAAACAA